UUAGAAGACCCUUCUGACCCUGUCCUUACCAAUGCAGCCAGACAUUGGAGAAUCCGGGUGGCGGCUUACCCCGUGGUGAAUGGAGUUGGGAUGGCGCCUAAUGGGCCGUCGUGACUCGGUGGCUUGCUCUGAACGUCACCGGACCAGCGGCAGGGUCAGCCCUACUCUGACUCCGCGUCCACCAGGUUCCCUCAGCAUUGCAUCUUCUAAUCCUACUUCUACUCAGCAACACCCACCACCCAACCAAACAAUAAACCAUGCCCGUCCUCACCCCCCACGACCGACCCAAAACCGACUACGAGCGGUGGCUCGAAUCCCAACCCGACAGUUCUAGUUCCAGUUCCAAUUCCCUGACCAGUGGCAACCAAGUACAGAUUUAGAGUCUUGGUCGGGUCUGAGUUAGGGACAGGGUCUGGGCUUGGGUUUGGGGACACCGCGGGUCGGGUCUCGGG